CCCGCCGUCAGCUGACGGGCGGCGGGCCGGUCCCGCGGCAACAUGGCGGCCGAGAUCCACUCGCGGCCCCAGAGCAGCCGGCCCGUCCUCCUCAGCAAGGUCGAGGGGCACCAGGACGUGGUGAGCGCCGCGCUCCUCAUCCCCAAGGAGGACGGGGUCAUCACGGCCAGCGAGGACAGAACAAUACGAGUAUGGCUGAAAAGAGACAGUGGACAAUACUGGCCCAGCAUCUAUCACACCAUGUCAUCACCAUGUUCAGCUAUGGCAUAUCAUCAUGACAGCAGACGAAUAUUUGUAGGCCAGGAUAAUGGAGCUAUCAUGGAGUUUCAUAUUUCAGAGGACUUUAAUAAGAUGAAUUUUGUGAAGACCUAUCCAGCUCAUCAGAAUCGAGUGUCUGCUAUUACCUUCUGCCUGGCGUCAGAGUGGGUGAUCAGCACUGGGCAUGACAAGUGUGUCAGCUGGAUGUGCACCAGGAGCGGGAGCAUGCUGGGGAGGCAUUACUUCACCUCUUGGGCUUCAUGUCUACAAUAUGAUUAUGAAACUCAGCAUGCAUUUGUUGGUGAUUAUUCUGGACAGAUCACUCUCCUGAAGCUUGAGCAGAAUACAUGCUCCGUUAUCACAGCACUCAAAGGGCAUGAAGGAGGUAUUACUUCCCUGUGGUGGGAUCCUGUUCAACGACUGCUCUUCUCAGGUGCCUCUGAUCACAGCAUUAUCAUGUGGGAUAUUGGUGGAAGGAAGGGGCGAACACUGCUGCUCCAGGGACAUCAUGACAAGGUGCAGGCUAUCUGUUACAUCCAGCUGACACGGCAGCUGGUAUCUUGUUCAGCUGAUGGAGGAAUUGCUGUUUGGAACAUGGAUAUCAACCGAGAAGAGGCUCCUCAAUGGCUAGAAAGUGAUUCUUGUCAGAAGUGUGAACAACCUUUCUUCUGGAAUAUAAAGCAAAUGUGGGACACAAAGACCUUGGGGUUGAGACAGCAUCACUGCAGGAAAUGUGGGCAAGCAGUAUGUGGCAAGUGCAGUACCAAACGGUCAAGUUACCCAAUCAUGGGAUUUGAGUUCCAGGUCCGUGUCUGUGAUUCCUGUUUUGAGUCAAUCAAGGAUGAAGACCGUACUUCCCUGGCAACCUUUCAUGAAGGAAAACACAACAUUUCACAUAUGUCCAUGGACAUCUCCAGGGGGCUAAUGGUGACUUGUGGGAGCGACCGGAUUGUGAAGAUCUGGGACAUGACACCAGUAGUUGGUUGCAGCCUCGCAACCGGUUUCUCUUCGUGCUGAUCUCGUACCUGCCAGGUUUAUGCACCUUAUGUACAGCAAUAUGCACCGAAUGAAUGGAAUCCUUCUAAGAAUAUUACCGCAAACACUGGUUGCUUGAUUCUUCUCCUGCUGCUGUUCCAGGAUGGACAGUCACCUUACGGCUUUUCUGUUGGGCUCAUCAGGAAUCUCCCUGGUGCAGAAGUGCAGUUUGGCAGCCUCUUGGACUAACGUAAAAUGGCUUACUGGCAACGUGACACCGUGGUGGAAGGACCUGUUGUUUCUCGGUUUACAUAUGUAGUGUUAACAAUAUGCUAUCUCUGCUGAUAUAUCUUGUACAGAUACCUUGUAGCUAAAACAUUAUCAGAGUAAAAUGAGUGUAGUAAAUUCAAUUUGUGCAAAUAGUAAAAUAACUUAUUUUCUCUUCCAAAAAGCAGUUCUGUAGAAAUACUUUUGAGCAGUCACUGUCUAAACUGCCUCCAAAAGGUAUGUUGGUUAUUCCUAUGGAAGGAGGAGAUACUUCAAAGUGGCAGGUAGCUUCUUUCAGAUGAGAUAGUAAGAGAACUGUGAAGUCACUUUUGUGGGACAACUGUUCUGUUUAGGUAGCUGGUGAGUCUUCGAACAAUUCUAGGCUCUUUAAGUAGUGUUUUAGCAUAGCUAAUAAAGUUCUGUAGUUAUGAAAAUGUGCAGCCCAGCUACUCUACUCUAAAGGCAGGUUGUAGGUAUGAGCGAUGUUCUUUGACAACUCUAUAAUGCUGUUAGAAUGGAAAGCUAAGCAAAUCUGCCUUGUUAAAUGUAAUGGCUAAGAAAAAACGGCCAGCUAAAUUUUAGAGACUUUUUCCUGUGGAAAGGCUGAUGUUUCUUUAAUGGUAGGGAACCUGUCUAAGUGCAGCAUAAAUUCAAAUACUGCCUUGGUGUUGCUUAAAGCAGAUAAAUACCCAGCAAUAAUUACUGAGGUACAGAAGAGCUGUUUUUUUUUCCUGCACCCAAGUCUGUUAAUCCUGAUGUAUCUGUAUCGAUCUUUUCCUGUUUCAAAGUUGAGAAGUACGAAGAAAUGCUGGGAGGCUUUUAUGGCUGUGCAGUUGGCACGUACAGGAAAUAACUAGUGAGAGAUUGUCAAUAAAUUGGUCUGUCAGUUGUGUGAAUUUCCUACAUUUGAACACUAUGGGAGAACUUAUUUUGAAACUUUGAAAGCCAAGGUAAUAUGUACACAGAAUUUAAGCUUGGAGCUAUUUAGUUUUUUCUGAAAACAGAUGCAUACGCAUGAGGACAAAAAAUGUGGGUAGGUCAGCUGGCCCAGAAUAGAUGGUGUUGCACAACUCUCAAAAGUAAUAGGCUCUUUGUGGCAGAGGACUGAAGGGUUAGACUGUCUUUCUUUACAGCAACAAUCAAGUGGUGCUAUGAGUGUUAGUGAAUUCAAGUCCUGGGUGUGUAACUUGACACUAAUAAUCUGCAUCGGACCAUGCUGUGGCUGAAAUAGAUGCAAAUCAUGGUAUCGUUAAUACGUCAUGAUUCACUUGCAUUUUAAGCCAAAAAGCUGAUCGUUUCCAAAGGGCAUUAGAAUCCAGAGCGUAUUAGUUACUGUUAUUUUGAGUCUGGCUUUGUCUACCUUUCUGUGGGCUUUCUCUGGAAGUUUUGUGAAGAGUCUUUUCAUUUGCUAGGCUUCUUGGGCCACUGAAGAAUUGUGGGAAUCCCAAAACUUCUCUUACCUUCAAUUUGGGAUUUAGCACUAGUCACACUGAUUUGAUUCAUCCCUUGCUGCGUGCUGUAUAGCUUAACUUUUUUGAGUAAGUAAAAGCUAAGUAAGCUAUUGAGAGAAAAUCUCCUUGUACUGGAAAAAAGUUGCAGCUUUCUGCUCUGAAGGCUGUCACCCUUGUAAACCAGAAGGAAACUGAGUGGUUGAAGGGGUGAAUAAGCUCUGGUAACGCUCUGCAUUUACCUUCAGCCUUCUUCCUAUCUGGCUCUGGAAGAGAAUGGCAGCCUUCUUCCUCGCAGCGUGUAAGGCAGAACAUGAGUUACAUUGCUAGAACUGUUUAAGAUCCUGCUGUGCUGUGCUAAGGAGGAUCUAGGGUCAUGAGUUAAGCUGGGAGAUUGAUGCAGAUGUGGGAUGAAUAGCAUCUUUUUCAAACCAGACGUUCUGAAACUUACACCAGUGAUACUUUGCAGCUAGCACUCCUGAGCUUCAGCUUUUUUAGUUCUGAUUAGUCAACGUGCCCCCUGCUCAGCAUGCAGCUCCCCCCCUUCCCUGUGAAUACUUCCUCUGCUUCUUGACAGCCACCUAUCUUUCAUUAUGGUUUUGCCACUAAAUAAUAUAUUCUCUACUACAUAUUGUUAAACCUAAGGAAUCUAUUUUCUAUAAUUGAUAUACUUAAAGGUAGUGUCAGUUCAGAUAUAACAAGACAGUUACGGCUGCUAAAUCAUUAGUCAUUUAAGUAUACUCUCGGUGUUGAAUGAGUAAUGCUUAUAAACAACUAAAGAGAUAGUGUUUUUGUUUAUAAACAACUAUUUUUGAAGGCACAUACUCUCAUGAAAUUGAACAUACUUCAACAAUGUCAGCUCAAGUGUGCAAUUACUGAGAAGGCUUGAUUUGAAGCAUUACUACUCUCGCUUGUAUAACCUCCUCCAUUGGGGCAGGGAAGGGGAGCAAAAGGGCACUAAUAUGUGCUAAUUCUUUACUAUUACUGUAUUUCUGUACCCUGCAUAGUUAAGAGAUGCUAGAUAAAUCUGUCCCUUGCUCCUUCUUGUCUGUUUUUUAAACUUUGAUUACAUGUACAAUAAAAUAUUUCUUGAUAUUCA